AUGAAGUUCUCCCUGUUCGCCAUCGCCGCUCUGCCGGCUCUUGCCCUCGCCCAGUCGACCACCACUGAGACGUCGACCACCGUCCUGACCAAGACGGUCACGCUCAAGAAGGUUCACACCGUCACCUCCAUCUCCUCGUCUCACAAUGCCACCACCACCCAUGCCGCUGCCACCACCUCGUCGCACCACCACCUGGUCGGCACCGCCGUCAGCAGCGCGACCUAUUUCCAGCCUACCGGCGUCGUGUCCAGCACCGGUGCGCCCGUUGCCUCCGCUACUGCCACCAAGGGCCCCCAGAACGCUGGUGUUGCCCUUGAGGCCAGCAAGGUCGCCCUGGCCGGUGUUGCUGGCAUGAUCAUGGUCGCUCUGAUGUAA